GUCGGGAACUCUGUUAGGAUUUAUUUCCGGCACAGUAAAAAAGGUGCUCUUCUUGCAGCAACACGCUAUAAAGGACAAUCUUAUACAUUACAAACUGGAAAUCUCUUUUGUCUGGGCUGUGCUUGUGGAGAAAAGCUGAAGCUGUAGAUCAAGUAUUUCGAUUUAUCUGGGAUAUCAUCUUUAACUGACCAUUUAAAAUGGUGCGAGGCAAACCUCUGAAGAAAGCGGGACACGACAAUAAAGAUAUCGUAGGAUCACCGGUAGAACCUGAAGAUAUCAAGAUUGUACCGAAAGCCAUUCAGAAAACAAGCCUCUGCCCCAAAGAUGGCCCUGGAGAAGACGAAAUUCCUAAAGAACUCGACCGCUGGAUCAGGCAGCGAGGCCGAGAUCUACGCUUGCGCCCGGAUGAGAGACAGGCUGCUGUGAAACUGGUCAAUAAUCUGAGAAAUGAUUUAGUGAAGUUCUUGAAGGACAAUGAAGAGCAACCUUUUUUUAGGGAUGUUUCUGUUUUCAAUAGUGGAAGCUACUAUGAAUUUGUGAAGAUCGAUAAACCAAAUGAGUUUGACAUCAUGCUGAAACUAAAAACACCCCGAAUUCGGUUGGAGAUGCUCGAGAAAUUUAAUGGACUUUUCUAUACAAUUUCCCUCCAACGACCUUCACGUUGUGAGAUACGGACAUUCCUCUUAGAAGAUGGACUCAUUAUCUCAGCCUCCAAAGUAGUGAAAGAAAUGCACCGAUUGGUUCAGAAAUUCAUCAAAACAUAUAAAGUGUCAAAGGGUCACUGGGUGGUUUGCAGAAAAAAGAUAAAUUCUCCAGCAGUUACCCUGGAAUUCCUGGGAGAAAAUGAGGAGGAAGAAAAACUGUCAGUGGAUAUUGUUCCUGCCCUUGAGGUGUCUCAAGGCUGGCCAGAAGCUGCACGAGCCGGCCCGGAUGUGGAUAACUGGCUUGGGAAGAAUUUUCGGCGCAAAUUUCUUGGACAGUCUUUUUACUUUGUCCCAAAAAGACCCAAAACAAGAAACCUCAGUGAUGUUGAAAAAGAGAGCUGGAGAAUAUCCUUUUCUCAUAUUGAAAAAGAAAUAAUCAGGUACCAUGGCAACAAAAGGACAUGCUGUGAGGGUAAACAAAAUGAAUGCUGCCGAAAACUGUGCUUGCGGCUUCUUAAGUGCCUGUUUGAGGGACUGAAGCAGAGAUACCCCAGUGAACUUGAUGCUCUGUGCUCCUACCAUGGGAAAACUGCCUUCUUUCACAACCUCAGUAAGAGAUUUGAAGACUCACUGUGGACUCCUGGCCAGCUCUCUGUCUGCUUUAUGAAACUUUUGUGUCAAUUUGAGUCAGCUGUAAAUGAUGGCUACCUUCCCCACUUCUUUGUCCCAGACCACAAUCUGUUUUCUUCAUCCAGUUUCCCCAAACGUUCUCUUCUCUUUCUGGGCAAUGCUUUGCGUGAACAAAGGGAGUCAGGCCUUCCUCUUUUACGGGUCCCAGAUCCUGUCCCAGCACUUUGCUAUAGUCCCGCCCUUCAAGUGCAGGCUCAGGAAAAUGCCCUAGAACCAGAAAACUGUGAUAAUGUGAAAACUGGAAGGAGAUUUUUUCCUCCAGUCCUUCUGACCGUUGCUUUCAUAUUUUGUGCCAUUAUAUAUGCACUUUGUCAAGUAUCAACUUGACAUCUUUAUUUACUGUAGAUGAUAAUGCGAGUUCAUAUCUACUAUGCACAUGUUAUACUUUAAUUAAUUCAAUCUUUCCAAUCACAUGCAUUUUAAGUGUUUUUGAACAACUGACAAGUGAGGGCAGCAAUAAUAUGCCGCACUGUGACCAGGUUUUCUGAUUUGAUCCUGAGCUGUGUGGAAUUUCUCAACAUAUUAUCCCUGUGUCCAUGAGGGUUUCCUCCCUCGUCCCAGAAACACAGCAGCCAGUGGAUUCGCAACAAUAAUGUAUGUGUGAAUAGACUGGCAUCCCAGCCAAGGUUCUCAAGUUAGAUCCCUGAGCCACAAACUAUCACAAAUUAUAAUUCUUUUUUUAAUUAUGAAUGUUUUGAAGUUAAUGCAAUCAAUAUACAUUCUGUUUCAUAUUUAUUAAAUGUGAAAUGAUGCAUUCUCAGUAAAUUCAUUAAUAAACCUAACUAUUUACUUUAUAUUUACUAUAAAACUAUGUGUAUAAUUAUCAACGUUAAAAUUGUUUACAAGAUAUUUGCUACAAGUUUUAAAUGACCCCUAUCUGGUGUUACAUUCAGCUGAUUCAAAACUGCCAUAUGACAUAAUGAUAAUAAUAUUGUUAUAGUUGUCAUUUUUGCAGUCAGAAUAACAUAAAACUAUUACAGUAUGUUUCCUGUUUGUUUUAAAGAUACUAAUCUAUUUGGCUAAUCUAUUCAUUCAUUGCAAAGAAACACUGAACACCUCCUAUAGACUACACUAUGUAGUCUAAUUAAAAUCAAAUAACAAUUAGGAGAUAAUUAACUUUUACACCUUACCUGGCGUUGCACAUUUCGUCUUGAUGCAAUAUUAAUAAAGUGACAAUAAUUAACAUUUCUGAAGGAUUAUAAUAAUGCUUUAAAACCAAACGUCAUUUAUCCUAUUUCAUUUUAAAACAGUUUCAUAAACUGUUGUUUUAUGAAUUAAAGACUUUUA